AUGCACCUGCCGCUGCGACCGAACUUGACCGUUUCAAUCGCCGCGAACGGCAAAAACGUGCCGAUGCCGCGCUACCUCAAGUUUUGCCAAGACUACAACGAGGAGGCGUGCUGUAUUCCGGGCCACGACCUCGAGAACCAGGUGCAGUUUGAGAACUUGAUCGACGGCCUCGGGCCCGGGUGCAAGAAUCCAAUGAUGUACCCCGCAAUCCGCUACUUUUACUGCCUCGGGUACACCCGGGAUAAGGGCGACGGCUCCGACACCCAGGUGAUCAGCAUCUGCCAGGAUUUCGUCGAGCAGGCCCUCUGGCACAACGAGACGCGGCGGCAGUACGAGGAGUGCGGCGUCAUGAAGUACAACGAGUGUCCCGAGUCGAUGUCCGACUUUGACCCGUACCAGUGCGGCGACGACCUCGUCAUACCCACCAUCUUUUGGAGCUCGGCGACCGAGUUUAUGAACUACAUGAGCCCGCCGGGCCUAUACGACUUUGAGUUUGAGGUGGUUCCCGAUGCGGAUGCGGUCGACGAGUCUGGGGAGCCCACCUGCUGGAAGCCGCGUCAGUCCGAGUGCCUGCAGCCUGGCGAGCAGCGCGGGCCGGCCAGCGCCAAGCGCGGCGCUGAGGUCGCUCAGCGUCGUCGCCGCGGCGGCGAGCUUUGGCUGCACCGCAGCCACGCCAGCCUCCUGGAGAAGGGCGUCAAGCGGGUCGUCACCACCUGCGGCCUGACUCCUUCGAGCAGCAGCAGCGGGAUCGCGGCGCUCGCACAGGUGGGGCCGGAUGCUCCCAUCUGUGAUGACGAACAUCCAAACAUCCUGCGGCUCCCACUGCGCCUCGUCGUAGGCUUCUUGCGGCAGCCAGUGGUCAUCUGGCAGAUUCGGCUGCCGCCUGUGCUGUGCGAAGCCGCGGAGCAACGAAGCGACGAGUGCCUCGCGGUGCGUUGGAGCCUGUCGAGGGUGUUGUGGAAGCGCUACAACGCCGCGCAGUGA